GUGGUACAUGAGGCAGGCGUGCACGCGCAUGGCCGCGCGCCAGCCGCGGGACUCGGAGCGGAGCAGGAGGAGGAAGAGGAGCGCAGCGUGUCUCCGAGUCUCCGGCUGGCAGGAUGCGGCUCCGGACCGUCUCGGCUCUGCUGAUGUCCCUCCUCGGCUCAGGCCUGGCCCUCCAGAUCCAGUGCUACCAGUGUGAGAUGACGGACGACUGCGCCGCGCCCGAGUUCAUCGUCAACUGCACCGUCAACGUCCAGGACAUGUGCCAGAAGGAGGUGCUGGUGAACGACGACGGGAUCCUGUACAGGAAGUCGUGCGCCUCCUCCUCCGCCUGCCUCAUCUCCUCCUCUGGCUACCAGCAGUUCUGCACCGGGAAGCUCCACUCUGUCUGCAUCAGCUGCUGCAGCACGCCGCUCUGCAACGGGCCCCGCCAGAAGAGGCGGCCCCUGCCUUCAUCUGGCGCGGCCCCCGCCGGGCUCCCACUCCUCAUGUUGGUCCUCCUCCUGCUGGACUCCAUCCUCUGCUGACAGAGACUCGCUGGGUCUGGAGGAUCUUAUCCUGAUUUCACUGAUUGUUUGAAAACCAGAGCAGGAAACAGGAAGUUACUUUAAGAUCAGAGCAGAUCCACCAUUUCUACUGUUAGGACAGAGUUAGCAUGCUAACAGCUGGCUAGUAAACGGGGUAGAAAUAAACAGAAUAGAUCAGUUAUCACGUCGCAGUGAAACAACAGAUUUUACACCAAUUAAAGGAGCAUUUCAUAUUUUAUUAAAUGUUUGUUUCUCUGAA